UUCCACAUUAACAUGGUUCCUGUUCCUCCUAUGCUUAUAAAACCUUGUUCGUCAUCAUUGCAAACACUUACUUAGAGGAAAUAUCCAUCACAUACAGAUAAAUUACUGCAUCAAACGAAACCAUGCGAGGUUUGAUUUUGUGUUGCAUUCUCAUCAUUCUCUUGCUCGAUAACAGCGAUUGUUGGCGCAGACGACGACGAAGACGAAGAGCACCACCAGUUAUCCAUGGUGGUUGGAGCGCGUUGGUUUUGUCAGGAAAAUGCAGCAAGACUUGCGGUGUAGGAAUUCAAUACAAGAGGAGAACCUGCACCAACCCAAGACCUCAGAAUGGUGGAAGGCAGUGCGCUGGGCCAGCGUCUUUUUCUGUCCAGUGUAACAUUCACAGCUGUCCUCAGCCACCACCUCUCUACACAGGAGGUGGCAUAAAAUACCAGCGUGUUGGCUGUUAUCUGGAAACCGUACGUGUGUUGAGAGAACUCGUGAUAACUGAAAGAGACCCAGGAAGUAGUGCUUGGAAUGGCAACUGGAUUGAUUGGAGCAACUGGAAUAGCUAUAUGGUUGGCUUUUUAAACAGAUGCGCUGCAAAAGUAAAGUCGAAAGGAUAUAAGGUUUUCGCUGCUUCGAGUUAUGGUGAAUGCUGGUCAGAAAGAGGAGUCACUAAUGCAUUGGCCAAAUAUUCUGGCAACUCUAGAGUUGAUUCGAUGUGCGUGAAGGAGAAUUAUAAUAACUGUAUUGAUGUUGACGCACGUUGUGUUGGAAAAGAUGCUGGCUCUGCUGUUUUUAAAAUCAUUAACUAAAGAGUUUUUCAGUGAUCAGUUAAAAACAUCGAGAAUCACAGGACACAAAAACAAUUCUACUAUGGUUGAAAGUUAAUAGCUCGAAUAUCAAAUGGCGAGAUGGCGAAGACUUCGCAAAGUGGCUAGUUAAAAAGCCAUGGAUAUUGUUAUUUACUUCAUCAUUAUGUUGCCACAUGUAAUCCAGUCCCAGGGGGGGGGGGGGGGGGGGGGGGGCAAUUAGAA